AUGGACUCUGCUACGGCAUCUGCGACCACGCACACUCUCGUGCACUCGGGCCUCACACCUGUCCCGAGCUCGAUCCUCAAAUGUACCGCGGUGCGGUGCAUCGCCGGCAAGACGUUCUUCGACCUGCAUAACCCUGAUGGGCUGCUCUCUACGAUUGAAUACAUUGCCGGGAACGUCCUUGAGAAAGGCGACAUGGUUAGAUCGAUGCCGAUUCCCUCCAAGCUCGACCGGGUCCUCGCUUUGUGCGCUGCGUAUGUAUCUAUGGAAGCGGGAACCGAUAACUGA